GUUUAGAAAGGACACAAUAAUUUUCGGUUCUCGUAAGCUUAGUGAUAACUUAUGGGGUAGCUGAUUAUAUUCAUCUUCUAAGCAAAACUAAAGUCUUUAUCUUGUUUGGCGGAUUGAAUUCAUGAACUUUUUAUUAAUAAUGCGACUUUUGAAGAUGAAUGUCACAUAAAUUAGAAUCGAGGACUUUUGAAGAUGAAUGUCACAUAAAUUAGAAUCGAGGACGAACAUGUUUUUGGAAUGAUUUUAGCACUUGAACAUUUAGUUGUGAACAAAGGUGAAAAUUGUAAUUAACUAUAUAAAGUGAUAAAUGGAAAAUAAACUUUCUGGCUGGAACGAUCCUCUGCAAAACGGUCAUACUUUUUACCUUUCCACUAUCAGCUAGUGUACGAUGGAUAAACAUGGAGUCGAAGCUUCGAGUCCUCUCGCCACAAUUGAAGACAUUCAAAAACGCCUUACUCGUCCUCAACAAUCAUCGUCCUCUGUCAUUGCAAUCGCAAUCGCACCUCAUCUAUCGAAUGCAGAUACAUCUCCGUUACAGAAACGGAGAAAACUUACUCGUUCUCCUCAUCAGCAAUCUUCGCCCUCUGUUAUCGCAUCUCAUAUGUAUGAAUUACAGCAGGAUAACUCAACGAACGUGGAUUCAUCUCCAUUACAGAAAAGGAGAAAAUCGAUAGCUGUUAAAGUGAGGUUAGAAGAUUACUUCGAUCUAUCUCUCCUCUCUGCAACUCGCGCAAAAAUCAACAGUUCUCUGAAUAAACAAAGUAGAAAGAUGAAAUUGAAAAGCGAAUUCGAGGAAUUUGUGUGGCCUGCAGAAGGAGAUCAUCAUGAUUCGGAGUCAUACUCAGAAAAUAGUAGAAGAACAGAUGAAGCAAUUGUUGAUCUCAAAAACGACAACGACGAUUCGUUCGGCGACGGUGAAAAUAAUCAUAAGUGUUGCGUGGAUCCGUUUCAACGGUUUGAAUCAACGGCACUAAUGCGAUUCAGUAGAUGAUCAAAAGAAAUUGCGUUCGAGAUUAAGAGGUAAGUCAGAGCAUUGGCGCCAAAAAGCGAGUUUUUUUUUUUUUUGGUUGUGGCUAUGAUUGGUUAUUCGCUUGCAAAAUACAUCCAAAAUAAAUGUAGUGCUAAUCAUUAGAUCACAAGUAUUAAAAAUUGAUCGUAUUCACGUAUAACAAUUGUUUAUAUAAAAAUUAUAAAAUAUAUCAUCUAAUAACAUGUG